UAUAUAUUUUGCCGCAUUCGCGUUUUACGUUCUGAUUUUUAUCAUUUUAACUCAGAUAUUAUCCUGAUUCUGUGAAAAUGGAAGACGGCCACAUGAGGGAAAAAUGUACAGCUUUAGAACAUGGAUCGCAGGAACAGCAGCGACAAUUUAUUUGCGGCGUUAUCGAGGGUUUUUACGGCCGACCAUGGACAACCGAGCAGCGAAAAGAUUUGUUUCGCAAAUUAAAGAAACUGGGCAUGGACUCGUAUAUGUAUGCUCCCAAAGAUGACUACAAGCAUAGAGCAUACUGGCGAGAACUCUAUACGGUUGAAGAAGCAGACCACUUAUCAAGUCUGAUUUCAGCCGCUAAGGAGGCGGGCAUUGUGUUCUAUUAUGCAUUAUCGCCGGGUUUGGAUAUGACUUACAGUAGCCAGAAAGAAAUUGCUACGCUGAAACGUAAACUGGAUCAAGUUUCACAAUUCGGUUGUGAGGCUUACGCAUUGUUAUUUGACGAUAUUGAGUCGGAGCUGUCGAAGGCAGACAAGGAAGUGUUCCAAACAUUCGCCAAUGCCCAAGUUUCGGUUACCAAUGAAAUCUAUACGCAUUUAAAUGAUCCAAAGUUCCUCUUCUGUCCGACUCAGUACUGUGCGUCACGCGCUGUUCCAAGCGUUGUCGAUUCGGAAUACCUGAAUACAUUGGGCUCCAAGCUGAACAAUGAAAUUGACAUUUUGUGGACGGGCGACAAAGUGAUAUCCAAGAUUAUAACUAUUGAAUCAAUACGGGAAAUAACUGAAAUUCUUCGUCGCCCGCCUGUUAUUUGGGAUAAUCUGCAUGCGAAUGAUUAUGAUCAGAAACGUGUAUUUCUCGGUCCAUACACGGGUCGCUCGCCAGAGUUGAUACCUUAUCUACGUGGUGUAAUGACUAAUCCAAAUUGUGAGUUUUAUGGUAAUUUUAUUGCCAUACAUACGUUGGCGUUUUGGUCGCGUUGCAGCAUGGAUUCGAAAAUGAACAGCUCGAUGAGUGCCGAUAUCAAGCUGGAGACAGAGAACGAGGACGAUUUACCCGUCGAGUGUCUCUCGAAGAACGUAUAUCAUCCACGUUUAGCUCUCAAAAACGCGAUAACGGAAUGGUUGCCAGAAUUCUUUGUAGAAAAGGAAGCAUUUGGACCGAUUACCAAGCCGCAGCCUCAAGUGGAAAUGGUGAUGCCGAUUAUCCCUAUAAUACCGUCGAUCAACACCUGCAUGAGUCUCACAACCACAACAACAACGUCGACCAACACACGGACGGUGCCUGAGGUGAACACCACUCAGCUGCAAGCGCUGGCUGAUGUGUGCAGCACAGUUAGCUCCACGUUAACGCCCAUCUCUAAUCCAGUGAUGAACUCUUUGGUAUCACCGACUAAAGUUGUAACAAAUGAUGAUAUCAUAAAUCACAUACCGACAACGGUUGCAUCGAAUAUUGAGCUACCCGAAAAGAUUCCAAUUUCUAUUGUGCCAGUGCCCAUUAUGGAAGCUAAGAACGUUGAAGAAACCAUCGAGUUAAAAUGCGAUAUAUUUGAUCCUGCUAAGAAUACUGAGGCUGCCAUUGAAGCAAUUGAAAAUCAAUCAUGUAAAACGGAAAUUUCGCCUGUCGUUGAAGAUAUCCCUUUAGAUGAGAAGAGGGAACAAAUUAAUAAUUUGAGCGUAGAGACAAUGCUAGAUGAGAAUAGUCUGAGUCCAUUGAGCGCGGGCGUCAAUGAACCCAUGGAAUGCAGCAGCAUCAACUCGCAGAUUUCACCAAAGGAAGCUAUUAAGUUGGUCGCUGAUGAUGUGAUCAUGGAAGAUUCGGCAAACGAUAUAAAUAGCAUGCAUGUGGAGAGCCCGUCAUCAUCGCCAGUCUCCAGUGACGAAAUGCACGACGAGGAUGAACUGGAGGCCAAAUCAACAGCUACCCGGACUAAGAUAAAUUUCGAAGACUUAAACCUCCUUUGUGAUCUAUUCUAUUUACCCUUUGAGCAUGGAAGUCGUGGCCUCAAGUUGCUCAGCGAGUUUCAAUGGCUUAAAAUCAAUUGCAAUGUAAUGCUUCAGAUUGGCGCCAGUGGCAGUGGUGAUGCUGUUAAACCAAUCAAGCCCGAAGUGAGCGAAUGGUUACAGCGCAGCGAGGGAUUUGCCAAACUUUGUGCGGGCAUUCAAGAACUGCUGAUCAAAAUUGCCGACUGUGAGAACAAGGAAAUUAGCCAUGAUUUGUAUUCAUAUGUGUGGGACAUCUCUGGUGCCCUGUCGCUACUUAAUGGUUUUGUCAAGUGGCUGGCAUUGGGUCACUUUCCUCCAAAUAUGUCCUCAUACACCGAGGGCAGCUAUACAUGGUUUAGUAAAGGCUGGAAAGAGGCUUUCAUGUCUGGAGAUCAGGAACCGUGGGUUUUUCGCGGUGGACUGUCUGCUGAUUUGCAGCGCCUAAUGCCUGUGGAUUCUGGAAACGAUUUGUUUGUAUACAAGUUACCUGAGCAGCCCACAGCCAACUAUUAUCAACUAAGACCAUAUCGAAGCUCAGAUGAACCUCAAAUUAACAAGAUCUGUACGCGCACGUAUAUGCAGUGGCAUAGCAAUGAGGAUGAUGAUGAGAUUCUACUGCCUGCUCACUUGGCUGACAUCGUUGCUGACGCCGUGGUGGGCGCACACUUAACUCUUCAGCCGGAGUUUUGUGUUGUGGCGUACGACAAUACCGACAGCAUUGUUGGCUAUGCCUGCGGUGCCUUGGAUGUGAACGUUUUUCAACGUAAUAUAGAUAUUUGCUGGCUCCCUGAGCUGCGCGAGAAAUAUCCUAGGACUUUGUUGGAAACUGAAGACGAUGGCAACUCAAAAGCACAUAAGAUGAUAGAGGGAUUCGUGGAAAGGUUCCACAACUGUGCUGCAGUAUGCCCCUCGGAAGUGUUCGGCUCCUUCCCAGCGAUCUUAAGCGCCGCAACUCUGAGGGAGGCGGAGCAGCAAGACAAUGGUAUCGUUAAGCGACUUCUAACCGUCUUGCUGGCAGCACUUCGCGCCAAUGGAUGUUUUGGUGUGCACGUCUGUGUACCCGAGCAGGACACUGAGCAGAUGAGCUUCUACUCUAAGAUUGGAUUUAUUGAGGUUUAUCGCAACGAGAUCAGUAAGUGCAUUUAUUUGGGACGACGAUUCUAGCAGUCGAGACUUAGGUCUCGCAUUCUUGUGCUCAAGCCGCCUUGCUCGGUUCUUUAGGCAAUAUGAAGAGAGCUUUUCAGCAACUGCCACAAACUUUAUCAUUGCCUUUGCUGCUGUCUUUUGAUCUACAUGGUUUCCUUAUAAUCGGUUCGAUAAACUCAAUAUCUGUCUGUAUGUGAGAAUUUUUUAUGUAUGUGCAUUAAUCGUUGUGUCUCUCAUUGGUAACUUUCUUUUGUAUUAUCGUGUAUCUCCUUUUAUAAUCUACUAGUAUUGACCAAUCAGUUUAGGGUACUCCGGAAUGCGUAUGCCGACUGUCCAUUAUUUAGCAUUUAACUUAAGAUACAUACAUAGUUUCUCUAUGCACAGUAAGCAAUAAAACAUAACUAAAUAUUAAA